AUGCCAGCUUCCCGGAUGAGAGCCGAAAAGAAGAUGCGUAAGCAUCUUCUUGAGCAUUUGAAAACGCGGAAAGUCUUUGGAGCUCGAAUUGCUGCUGGAGAUGCACCCAAGACCAUAACCCAAUUACAAGAGCUAGGAAUGGGUCCACAAGUUUAUGUAUUUAAGAAUUUGUUUAGUGGACAGAUUCUUUAUUCUCAAGUACCAGCAUGGCAUCAAGAUUUGAUUGACCAGCAAUUUGUGCGUCCCAACUGGGAGAAUAGAAAGCCAUCUAGACGGAAUGAUUUAUGGAGAAUUAUGUGUGUUGCUAAUUUUGACAAUUAUGAAUAUGCAGAAGCUGCCUAUAAUGGGUUAAUACAAUUGAAGAAGCUAAGAGAUACUGAUCUUCGACAAGAAAGUAAGGAGGCCAGACAUAAAGAUAAAGAAAUGAAUGAUUGGUAUAGUGGUCAAUAUAGACCUCAUCAUUCUCAAGAGGCAGUAGCAGAUUUAUCUCAUGUGGUUGAUGCCUUUGAGUUAGAAAACACCACGUUACUUUGGGAAAAUGUCUGGAGAAAGGGUAGUGAUGAACAUUGGCGUGUGGAUUUAGUUGAACAUGAUACUUUACCUCCUUUCAAUCCACGUGACCAGACAGUUAUGCUUGAUGAGUUGAGAAAAGUAGCUGUUGAAGAGUUCCGUUUAUUGAGACAACAAGAGCAAGAGCAGCAGCAGGAACAAGAUCAAGAACAAGAUCAAACUCCAUUAGCAACUGCUUAA